AUGAACCUCCAAUAUUCUGAGUUAGAGAACCAGCCUAAUUCUGAGAUGGAUGAAUUGAAUAAGGUUAUCAAGACUCUAGAAAGAGAGAAUGUCGAUCUCAAAUCUAAGCUUGCUAAGAUUUCAUUGGAGAAAGAAACCUUGAAAUUCAAUCUGAACCAGAAGAGGGACCGAGUUCGCCAAGCUGAUGAUGAGGUACAGACUGAGGUUUUCAAAAGACUUAAGGUGGGUGACACCCUCAAAGGGACUUAUGCCAGUCUGACGACCAAAAAGAAGCAGUUAGCCGAAGCCCAGUACCGAGCUGGUAAAGCAGAAUUAGAACACAUGGAGCAAAUGAAGAAACUUCAAAGCUUGCUAGAAGCUUGUAAGAAGGAAUUGAAGGAUGAAAGAAGCCGCAACAAACAGAUAGAAGUCACCCUUCGCCAGAACCAGUACGAGCUGGAUCAGAAGCUGGAAGAAAUCUAA